AUGGAUCAGGAGAUCGGCGGCGCCUCCGGAGGCCAGCGGGUUAGUUCGUCCCCUCAUUUGUUUGCGCACUCGGCUUCGAUACGGUGGGGCAGGCAUGUGUGGAUAAGCGCGCGGGUUUGUGACUGGUGUGGUAUUUUAUGGUUUCGUACAUGAAGACGGGAGUUUGCUUUAUCCCUUUUUCUCGAAGAGAAACGAACCAGUUUUCUGCAUGUGCAUAUUUCUGUCUGGACGGGAUCUUUGGGAAGCACUCGACCCAUAGUUGGAAAUUUUAGUGGUAGGAAUCAGGGUUGUGUUCUUGUUAGAGAUGCAAUUCAUUUUCUUAGACCAUUUCUGGCCUCAUACGCUGAGUUCCGUUGCCUCGGUAGGAUUUUCAGAAUAAGAAUUUCAAUGUAGUUUGUCCAUUUAUAGCAAGAAACCUGCGCAACCUGGCAUCAAAUCCCUCAACAUUGGAGAGCUGUUAUGGGAACUGGCUGUCGCACAUAACGGAAAAGGAACCAUCGGUCUCUUCAGUUAUUGAAAUCCUGGUAUUCAUGUGAUUAGAGAUUGAUGACAUAUCAGUAGUUACGUCACUUAAACAGCUCUCUAAUGCCAUAUGAGCCGUGCAUGAGCCUUAUCGAAUCAUGGCCUUGAUUUUUUGUCCAUUUUUUUAAUUCAAUGACUUGGAAAAUUAGAUAUGUUCUUAUUUUCGUGGAUGGUUUGAAUUGUAAAAUUUAAUCAGAAACUUCAAUGAUGUUCUAUUUUGUCUCUGUUGAUUCGAUGAAUUGUCAGUUCCACUUCAGUUAUCUAGUAGUCAACAGCUGUGUUCUGGUAGCAUUUUUUUGUUCUGAGGCAUCCUCAAGAAUUUCAAAAUUUAAGCUGUUCAACUGUUCAUUUUUAUUUUUCAUUGUUCUAACAUUUGAUUUUUUGUUCAUUAUAAAAAAGCAAUGAACUUCAGUGUCUCCUCUCUAUGUUAUGACUUUCGUUGGCUAUUAUGGUACUCUAUUUGAAAGGAAAAAGGCAUUUCCAAGUCUUAGUUUAUAUUCUCUUUUAUGCAAUUCAAUGAGUAGAAAUGUCUCCAGUACAUCAAGUUUCGUUGGCUAUUAUGGAACUACACUUUUUCAUGUGUUUACUUUACCCCCCCCGGUCCCCCCACUUGUUCUGCUUUGGACUCUUAGAAGUUUAUCUGGUCUGAUGGGUUCCGAACAAGGGAGAUUGUGACUAUGAUUUAUAGUAGUGGCAUUCAAUAGACUAUGGGCUAAUCCAGAUCGUUGUUUUCUCGUUUCGUGAUUGUAGGUUAAUCCAAGAGCGCAAUAUAGGCAACUCUUGCUGUUGGCAUACCAGAGUUUUGGUGUGGUGUAUGGGGACUUAAGUACUUCUCCGCUUUAUGUUUAUAAAAGUGUAUUCUCUGGUAGGCUACGCGACUUUCAAGAUGAAGACACAAUCUAUGGUGUUCUUUCCCUCAUAUUUUGGACUUUUACCCUUAUUCCAUUGGUCAAGUAUGUGCUUAUUGUGUUGAGCGCUGAUGACAAUGGUGAAGGUGAGCCCAGAUAGCUUAUCACUUCUUUACCUGAUGUAUUAUCACUUCUUAAACUGAUUCCCGCUUAUCAUCAUAGGAGGCACAUUUGCUCUGUACUCCCUUCUCUGUAGACAUGCGAAGUUCAGUUUGCUUCCUAAUCAACAAGCAGCUGACGAGGAAUUAUCUACAUAUUAUGGGAAUGGGCCAACAACUCGCAACUUACCACCGUCUCCAUUAAGAAGGUUUCUUGAGAAGCAUAAAAGACUGAGAACUGUUUUGCUUCUUGUGGUUCUUUUCGGUGCAUGCAUGGUGAUAGGUGAUGGCGUUCUUACGCCAGCAAUAUCUGGUAUGAACUCUCUGCCUUACUGUAUUACUCUAACUUUUUGUUUCAUUUCAUUUGGGAUGGGAUGAGAUAGGAGAUGGUUUCAAGUCGUAUCUUAAAUCCUUGACGCUUGGUGGAACCUCAGGGCACAUUUUGGUUCUGUCCACCUCUGGAGAAUUUUCCUCCGAAACAGUAUUUUUAUUCUAGUAGCUUAAACAUCUUUUCAUGAUUUGUCUUCCGUACUCUGAUUAUCGCUUCUCUCCUCCCCUUACACUGUUCUGAAAACUUGGGCUGAUCUUGGAGCUUUUCUUUCCCUCUUGCAGUGUUAUCAUCAAUUUCUGGGCUUCAAGUUCGUGCUAAAAAACUGCAUGAUGGUAAAUGUCAACUUUCGCAAUUUCUGCUUCCAAAAAAUAAUUUAAAAAAGGGAUUUUACCCCUUUCAAAACUCUUGCAUGGUUCAGGUAUCAGAUGCACUGUGUAGUUUCUUUUAUAUAAAGGCUUUGAAAAAUACUACUCAAAUACUUAAGCAAUCGAGAUAUAUUCUACUCAUAUUAUAAAUCACAAUAGUCUUUUCACGGAUAUAAGUAAAACGUUGUAAAUUUAAGAUCAGGAUAUAGCCUCUGUAAUAUUUUCGAAUAUUAGACCUUAAUAGUUCAAAAGAUAUGUGGUCAUUUAUUUGUUAUUUACUUUGAACUAUGAAGUUCUGUUGAUCCCAGAGAUAAGAACGUAUAUACAAAUUUAAAUGCGUGUGUGAGUCAUGCAUCUUCUACUCAGGAAAAUGGGAUAAAACUGUAUUUAUUUGUGGAAAAUAUAUUUUGUUUACAUGGAGAAGUUGCUGGAUUUGGAAGGCUGAUAUUUUCUCACUAUUCCAUCUAGGGGAGUAUUUUAUGUUAUCAUAGAUACUGUAGUCAAUAAAAUCCCAUAUUAGGUUGUUGAUCCAUUUUAUGAGUAGUCAAUAGAAAUCAUAGACACUGUAGUCAAUAAAAACUGCAUAAAAUCCCAUUUUAUGUUGGACAGGUAUGUGUUUCUGGCAAUCUUAGUCCUUUUUUUCUAGUUCGAACUUUCAAUAUUCAAUUGUAGCAGUUUUUAAGAAAACUGCAUUGAUGUUUGCUUUGAGAGAUCUUAACCCAUUACAGAAUACAUAUAAAAAUGACGAAGGAGAAAAGGUCGUUUGAUACUUUGGUUUUAAAAAACCAAGGACUAAGAAAAGAAUCAAUACACAAUCUAAGUUCUUGUAACUGUUUUAAGCUGCAUGCGGAAGCACACAGACUAAACUUUUUUCCUGUUUUUUCCACAAAGGAAUAUAAUCAUGCUGAAAGUUCUCCAAAGUGGUUGGUACUCUGUACCAUUUACAAACUGGAGUAUUUUGCGGUAUCCUGUUAAGAAAGGAAGAGUGUUGGUGUAGGCUUUAGCUCGUUUACAGAAUGGAUCAUUGACUUAAAAGUAAGCAUCACACCUAGAAUAUAGCAGAGGCUGAAUCCUGAUUCUCAAUGAAGCCCCAGUUUGAUUUCAUCAGAAUAGCUUGACAGCAUCAGGGAUACCUACUAGAUCGCGUUUUCAGUAUCCAGCAUACUUAUGUUAUUAGCUAUCAAUCAUAUAAUGCUCUGGGAAAUCGUCCAUGUGAGAAAGUGGAUAUUGCCUCUGAUUGCUAAAUGACGGGUUUGAAAGGUCCCACAUUGUGAUGUCGCAUUGAAGGUGCCCACUGGAACUAUGUAAUAGUGUGUUGAGUUCACUACGUGUGACAAUGUCACCAAGGGAGAUCUCCAGUGAAAAUGUCCUUUUGUUGACCGAAAAACUUUAGAGAAUGUACCAGAGAUCCAUCUAUGCUUAUUGAUGCUUGCCCAGAGAUCGCUGCCUAGCAGCUCAACCUGCUGCCUAGUCACCUCCCUGCCACACCACCAGCUUCGGCUAUAAAAGUUGUUGCUGGAAAUCCACUGGAAGGGAGAUCGCUCACGUCGUCAUUCUAACUGCCACACCACCAGCCUUUUCUAUUGCCCGUCCAGUACAGACUUCAAUGUGCUCAUUUUAACUGUCUUCUGCCUUCAGAUGGCUGGUAACACCUGGAAUGAUUGGAGGCUGUGACAAGGAUCAUCGCCUGCCCCAUUAAUGAUGUUUCUCUGUCGACAUUAGUAUCCUUCAGCUAACCAAGCAAGUCCCAGUUCGUUGUUCUUGAGCCCCCUCGAGUCAACUCCCCCGAGCACAAUAUUACCUCGGCAAACAUUGGAACUAAGGCAGGUGGAUUGGCAGCUGCAUCACAAUAUUAAUGCCUGUAUGAUAUCACAAAAUCCCAUGUCGAAAUUUACACGAUACUAUUAUUAUUAUUAUUUUUUGUUAGUAAUUCAAAGCAAUGUUGGUUUGUUGAGAGAAUUUUCUUUCUGGGGAAGAUGAAACAUGAUGUGAGACAUUGGUACAGAUGUCAAUUAAAAAUAAAAAUAAAAAAUCCAAGCCCCUGGAGGACGACAUUUGGGUGCCAAUAACGCUUCUAGGAAAUGUUUUAUUGUCAAACAUGAGACCAAGCAUUUGAAACAGUGCAUAAUCAUCAACUGAUAGCUAACCCAUUGAUAAAUAAAAAAUAAACAAAAUAAAAAAUAAAAAAGACAAAGAAAAAACAGUUUGACUUCAGCCCUCUUUGUGCUGAGCAGUGAGCUUUUUCCAUUUAUAGGUGCGGUGGUAGUCAUCUCCUGCUGACAUGAAUUGUUUUAUUGUGAAACAUGAGAUCAAGUGUUUUAAAUGGGGAGAGCUGUUGGGCAGUAUAAAGAGAGCAUAAUUAUCACCUGAUAGCUAACCCAUGUUUUUUUGUGAAUGAAAAACAGUCUGACUUCAGCAAUCUUUGUUCUGGACAUCUACCUUAGGGUAACUGUUUUGUGUUGAACAGUGAGCUUUUUCCAUUUAUAGGUGCGGUGGUGGUCAUCUCCUGCAUUGUGUUGGUUGGCCUCUUCGCUCUGCAGCACUGGGGUACCCAGAAGGUUGCGUUCCUGUUUGCACCCAUUGUUAUUCUAUGGCUCUUGAGCAUUGGCGCCAUUGGCUUAUACAAUAUCAUCCACUGGAACCCCGGUGUCUAUCGUGCCCUCAACCCCUACUACAUCUUCAAGUUCUUCAGAAAAACUGGAGUAGCCGGCUGGAUUUCCCUUGGCGGCGUGCUCCUUUCCAUUACUGGUAACUCCUGUUCCCUGCCAUUUCAUUUCCUGUAAGUCAACACCGCUGCUGAUGUCCGCAUAUCCUUGGAUCCACAGGUACUGAGGCAAUGUUCGCUGACCUUGGGCACUUCACCAGUAUGUCCAUCAGGGUAUGUGCAGACUGCGCUUUCACCAUGCUCUUCUUGUUGAUCCGCAUAGAAAUCAUAGAAAUAAUUUCAUUCUUACCAUAGACACAUUACGUUCAACCCAAAGUUUCAUUUAUGAAACCCAUAUCAGAGCUAUGAACAGAUGGAGAGAAAUGCAGCAGUAGUUCUUCAGAAUCCGUGGUCUGUGAUGGGAAUGAAACGACUGUUCUUCUCAGUUAUGGGAUGAGAGCAGAUCCCCAGGAUGCCGAGUGAUCAGAUAGAAAAAAAAACAGUGCUAACUUGGAAUUUUUCUCAAGUUUUUCAUUCGAGAUCCUCUGUUCAUGAUCGAUGCUGUCUUGUCUCGCAGUUGGCAUUUGUUGGGGUUAUCUACCCCUGCUUGGUUCUGCAGUACAUGGGCCAGGCAGCAUAUCUUUCCAAGAACUUCGCCGAUGUCCCCACCGUCUUCUACGAAUCAAUCCCCAGUAAGAUCGUCUGAUUCUUCUUCUUUUGGCUUCUUUCUGCGUAAAUGAUCGCUCGCGGGGACGUGAUUCACAGGAAUUUCGCCGGAAUUGAUUUCCCUUGCAGAGGCUGUGUUCUGGCCGGUUUUCUUGGUGGCGACCCUGGCGGCCAUCGUCGCCAGUCAGGCCGUGAUAUCGGCCACUUUCUCCAUCGUGAAGCAGUGCCAUUCCCUGGGCUGCUUUCCUCGCGUCAAGGUCGUCCACACCUCGAGGUGGAUCUAUGGCCAGAUCUACAUCCCGGAGAUAAACUGGAUUCUGAUGGUCCUCUGCCUGGCCGUCACCGUCGGCUUCCGCGACACCACCAUCAUCGGCCACGCUUAUGGUAAGAUCUCGCCUCCUUCCUUCUCCUUCCCCCCGGAGGUUUCCGUCUCCAUCUUCUUCUUCUUCUUCUUCUGGAACUCGGUUUGCCUUGAUUCUGUGCAGGGAUCGCGUGCAUAUUCGUGAUGUUCGUGACGACGUGGCUGAUGGCGCUGGUCAUCCUCUUCGUGUGGCAGAAGAGCGCCUGGUUCUCUCUCUCCUUCCUCGUCUUCUUCGGGGCGAUCGAGGGCCUGUACCUCUCCUCGUCGAUCAUGAAGUUCCCGCAGGGAGGAUGGGUGCCGGUGGCGCUCUCCUUCAUCUUCAUGUUCGUCAUGUACGUCUGGCACUACGGCACCCGCAGGAAGUACCUCUUCGAUCUGCAGAACAAGGUCUCCAUGAAGUGGAUCCUCAACCUUGGCCCCAGCCUCGGCAUCGUCCGCGUCCCAGGGAUCGGCCUGAUCUACACCGAGCUCGUCACCGGCGUCCCCGCCAUCUUCUCCCACUUCGUCACCAACCUUCCAGCCUUCCACCAGGUGCUCGUCUUCGUCUGCGUCAAGUCGGUCCCCGUUCCUCACGUCCCGCCUGAGGAGAGGUACCUCAUCGGCCGGAUCGGGCCCCGAGCUUACCGGAUGUACCGCUGCAUCGUGAGAUACGGCUACAAGGACGUCCCCAAGGACGAGGAGAACUUCGAGAACCAUUUGAUCCUGAGCAUCGCCGAGUUCAUCCAGAUGGAGGCGGAUUCCUCCCCCUCCGGCAGCGUCGAUUCCUCCCUCGACGGAAGAAUGGCCGUCAUCAGGACCUCUGACGGGAUCGGAUCGAGGUUGAUCUUGCGGAACGAUGCCGAUGUGGCGGCGCCUGGUAAUAUUGUCCGGAGCAGCAAAUCGGAAACCCUACAGAACCUGCAGAUGCUCUACGAGCAGGAGUCUCCGAGCUUGAAGACGAGGAGGAGAGUUCGCUUCGAGAUCCCGGAGGCGCCGUACCAGGAUCCUCUGGUGAAGGAGGAGCUCGCGGCUCUCGUGGAGGCCAAGCACGCCGGAGUCGCGUACGUGAUGGGGCAUUCCUACAUCAAGGCCAGGAAGAACUCGUCCUUCCUCAAGAAGUUCGCCAUCGACGUCGCCUACUCCUUCCUCCGGAAGAACUGCCGGGGCCCCGCCGUCGCCUUGAACAUCCCUCACAUCAGCCUGAUCGAAGUAGGUAUGAUCUACUAUGUGUAA